AAUUUUUUUUGUUUUUAGUUGCGGAAUCGCUAUCGCUUGGAGAGAAAUUUUAGUGUAAACGCUUAUUUGGGCGCUUGUAGGUACGCUAACGAAUUUGCCUAAUUUCUCCAAGCUUACAGUUAUGGCAGUAACUUUUUUGAUGCUACAAAUUGUGCCGCGUAGUUGACGUUCGCGCUCUCAAGUUUGCCGUAUCCUAACCCACUGAGCGUCGAGGGUGAGAGAAAGUAUAAAAAAAAAUAAAAAAAAAAAUGGGCAGCUGAGCCCAGGACAGCUGACAACAAGGGAUCCGAAUAAUAUCGCUCAUUUUCGGGGGCAGGCUCAGGAGGACUGUCUAGGGUUUCGCCGCAGUUGCGGCGGCAUUUCAUUGUACGUUCGACGAAAUUUCGCUGCCGCGCACCGAGAUGAGUCCCAGAUCGGCGUCGGGAGGAACGCUGGAUGUUAUAAUUUGGGAGGUAUAAAUUUCUGUGGGCCGCUCCGAUCGGCCCAGCGGUGCUCAGGCGUGGUAAUGUUUGACUGGGACGAAGGAGACCGUUUUUCCUUCGAGGACAGCGACCGCUUUGAAGAAGAUUCUCUCUGCUCUUGGAUCAGCGAGCCCGAAAGUCUUUGUAACAACUGGAGAGGCUGGAAGAGGCCGACGGGCAACCUAUCUCACGCUUCGGCGCUCCACGGCGGUCAUUGUCGCUCAAAAGCUGAAGGAGGCUUGGUGUUGCCCUUAGUGGAACUUGCAGCUAGGGAGGUUGCUGCACACAUUCCUUUUGAAGUGGUUGAACAUGUGUACCCACCAGUCCCAGAACAGCUACAACUGCGCAUUGCGUUUUGGAGUUUCCCUGAGAACGAAGAAGACAUCAGACUUUACUCCUGCCUGGCCAAUGGAAGUCCAGAAGAGUUUCAAAGGGGAGAACACCUCUUUAAGGCUAAGGCAACGAAGGACCUUCUUCAGAUUGGCUUCCACUUGAGUGCUACAGUGCAUCCUCCUCAGAGCUUGCCUGUGUCCAAGGGGUCAUACAAUGUGGCUGUGACGUUUGACCGUUGUCGCAUCACAUCAUGCAACUGCACCUGCAACAGUGUAGCCUCUUGGUGCUCCCACGUGGUGGCUGUCUGCUUGCACAGGAUUCACCAGCCAAACCAAGUUUGCCUGAGGGCACCGGUGUCGGAAUCUCUAUCAAGGCUUCAUCGCGAUCAGCUUCAAAAGUUUGCUCAGUAUCUUAUCAGCGAGCUCCCACAACAGAUCCUUCCCACUGCUCAGCGGUUACUGGAUGAGCUACUUUCCAGUCAGAAGACUGCCAUCAAUACAUUGCGGGGAGCACCAGAUCCGACUGCUGGAGCAUCUGCAUAUGAACAGACGACAUGGUGCCUUGAUGAGGGAACCCUGCACGAAAACAUUCGGAAGAUCCUGAUUAAGCUUUGCGUCCCAUCACCAAUGGUGUUUAGUGAUGUCAACUAUUUGUCCUCAACGGCACCGCCUGCAGCCACUGAGUGGUGCAGCCUGCUCCGCCCACUUCGUGGCAGGGAACCCGAGGGCAUGUGGAACCUACUGUCUAUUGUACGUGAAAUGUUUCGACGCUCAGACCGCAAUGCCAUCCCUCUUCUGCAAAUCUUGACGGAAGAAGUUUUGGCCUGCGAACAGAUCCUCUGCUGGUGGUUCAACACCAAGGUCUCCCUGCACACUGGAUCAAACGGCCACGGAGGUCGCGCAGUCGGCCACGGCAAUGCCCACUCGUCGCAGCAUGCCUGCAGCAGCCUUUGUGAUGAGAUUGUUGUUCUUUGGAGGCUGGCUGCUCUCAACCCAGCCCUGUCACCUCAAGAUAGGCGCUCCUUCUUUAUUCAGAUGGGAGAGUGGCACGUGAAGACACUGGAACGAGUCUGCAAAGUUCGUGCAGGCAGCAGCAAUGUGGCUGGCACAGGUGGAAAUGGUGGCCUGAGUGGGGCUCGUCGCUCUGACCUGGAUGUGUUCCCUGGCUUCAAGCCCUCCCUGGAGGCCUGUUUAUUGGAUUGGACAGACUACCCAAUUGAAGGAAUUACCUAUGCUGAUGGCGGUGCCUGCAGGUGGUACUCGCCAUACAUGCACACACGCCUCCUGGAGCACAACCCACGAGGUGACCCAAAUCCUGAAGGCUUGGGUGGCAGUGAGCACCUGUCUAGUUUGUGCCGCCGGGGCCGUGCUGUCGACGUGGGCUCUUCAGCAGCUGGCCCCUCGCACCACUGUGACCGCCGGCCCAUACACGUUCUCUGUGCUACUGGCCACCACCAGCUGACCCCAUUGAUGUCACUUGGCCAUGAUUUGUCUCUCCUGGCUGGCAAUGCUGCUGGUGUGGCUGCUGGUGGUGGCAGCAACAGGAGCUCCCUCAGCUCGGAAGGGUUCUGCGAGAAUGAAGAUGCAGCUGGUGACUUUAUGCUUCCUUCGGUGGCCUCCGGUGUGGUGCUGUCUGGUGCUAGAGACCCAUCAGCUGCAGCCUGCAGCAGCAGUGCAGGCAUGCCUAAGGAUAACACACCACUGACUUCUGGAGUAAGCGAUCCAGAGGGUGUGGCUGCCUUGGGAGAAAAGUCUUCUUCACCGGAGGAUGCUGACUCCGAUUGGUCAGGCACCAGGGAAGGCAUCCACCAAAGCCCAGAUGGGAGCUGUAACGUGGAUGUGAGGGGGGACGAUAGAGUGACAGCCGGGGAGGAGUACCAUGUCUACUACUUCAGCUCUCAAGGGAAGGCUCCAGGUGGUGACAGAAACAGGGAUCUCAGGGUUCAAGCUGAAGACUGUGUGCCUGUGCAAGUCAAGAAAAUUGAAGAUCCAUUUGAGAUCCUGUUCGCUCGUGCAGAAGCGCUGCAUGCUCAUGGUCACACUCAAGAGGCCAGCAAACUGGCAGUACGUCUGGCACAUGAGCUGCUUGCUCAUCCGCCGAGCCUAGAAGUGGAAGGAUUGGUUGCAUCAGCCCAGCCUGGGAAGGCAACUGGCAACCGCCGUGGUCGACGCUUCAACCCUGUCUGGCAUCAGGUGAGCCUCUUGGCAUCAGCAACUUUGGCCAAGGCUGCUUUCCUGUGCCAAGUGCUAGGUGAAAACCUGGAACACCAUCACUUGGCCUUCCGCAUUGGGCUCUUCGGGUUGGAAAUGUCUCGACCACCAGCUUCUACAAAAGCACUUGAAGUCAAGUUGGCAAACCAAGAGCAAGACCUCGUCAGUCUGUUGAAGAAGAUACCAUUGGGCGAUGCAGAGCUGAAUGACAUCAGGGAGAAGGCAGAAGCUUUGCGGGAUCACAGGCUGCAGUCUCGGGGUGAUGCACUGCUUCCACUCAUGCUCUCAAGCUACAUCUUUGAUGCACUGGUGCUUUCCAAAAACAACACUAAAGGUGCACCGAAUCCAGGCACUAAGCUGCCAUCAGACGAGGCUUUAGGUUUUGAAGCAGCUGUUGCUGCUCUAGGAUUAAAAGCAAAUGUAUCAGAAGCUGAGCAUCCAUUGUUGUGUGAAGGAACAAGACGGCAAAGGGGUGACCUCAGCAUUACUUUGCUCGUGUUCUAUAAAGAUGAUCAAGAAAAGCUUGCCAAGAUUAUGGAUCGACUGCUGGACAAAGAGGUCCACCAAAUGUAUAAGAGCCCGCCACUGAGUUCUUACUAUAGCACCUCUACUCCCCCUGUGGCGACUGCACUGAACGCAGCAUUCCCUGCAUCCGAGAGCACUUCGGGCAGCUCCUCUUGCACGCCACAGACCAAGGCAGAUGACUUGGCACCAUCCACAUCUGCACUUUCUGCAAGCAAUGCUGCAGAGCGUAGCAGUGACUCCACCACCUGUGUUGGUGCAGCCGACUGCCUUGGUGAUGGCACUGCAGUAAUGGCAGCUGCAGCACAAGCAGCCACGGUAGCGGCAACAGCUGAUCCAGGAAGUCCGCCACCUCUGGCUUCUGGAGGGAUACGCCAGGAGCACUCCGGGGGAGCAAGGGUCAAAUCACACCGGCACAACAGAAGUGCUGGUGACAGUGGCGAUCGUAGCGAGGGCGCUUCAAGUCCUGGCUGGGAGGAGAACUUCAAGGCUUGGGAAGCCAAAUUCCGAUGUACGAACUUUCGAACAACAAAGAAGCAUUCAGCAGGCAUGGCCAGCAUUGACAGUAGUGCACCUGAAACGACAUCAAGCGACAACUCGCCCACAGUGGUGCGGCGUGGUGGCUGGGGUCGCCCGUGUGGACCUGGCAGUGACAGUGGCAGCAGUGGCGAGAGUAGUGACUCAGUUGUGUCCAGCUCCUCUGGGGACCGGGCCACUGGGGUCAAGGCUCGGCACACAGACAGCCUGUGCGUGCUACCAUCGGACAGCCCGCCACCAAGCCUGCAUGCAUCUGUUGGGGGAGCACCUUCACGCUUCCUGGCAUCCGGAGGUGGGGCCCUUUCUGGGGCCAGCUCCGGGUCUCGAGCUCCGGCUGCUGUUGCUGCAGCCCCUCAGAAGCCCCCACCUCCGAGCCGCCUAAAGGGCAAGCGAGGUGCAUGCCCGAGCCUGCCCAACCAGCCGAGCGAGGCCUCGGCCCACUUCAUGUUUGAGCUAGCCAAGACUGUGCUGACCAAGGCCGGUGGCAACUCGAGCACGGCGGUUUUGUUCACCCAGCCCUCGGCCAGCCAGAACCAUCGGGGCCCCCACCGAGCACUGCACAUGUGCGCCUUCCAGAUCGGCCUCUACGCAUUGGGCUUGCACAAUGCAGUCUCCCCAAACUGGCUGUCGCGUACCUACUCCUCACACGUUUCCUGGAUCACAGGGCAAGCCAUGGAAAUUGGCAGCAGUGCACUCAUGUUUCUAAUGGACACGUGGGAGGGCCACCUGACACCCCCGGAAGUGGCGUCUCUGGCAGACAAGGCAUCACGAGGCCGGGAUCCAGCCAUGGUGCGGGCAGCUGCACAGCUGGCCCUGUCCUGCUUGCCACAUGCACACGCUCUCAACCCCAAUGAAAUCCAGCGAGCCCUCCUCCAGUGCAAGGAGCAGUCAGCUGCUGUGCUUGAGCAGGCAUGCUUGGCUGUGGAGUCUGCUGCCAAGGGAGGCGGCGUUUACCCAGAGGUUCUCUUCGACGUUGCUCGUCGAUGGUUCGAGCUGUAUGAAGAAACCACCCAAGGGUCAGGAGAUGCUCCUGCCUCUGGAGGGGAUGCAGCGCCUCGUGGGAACUCUCCCCCGAGCCUGGCUGCACCGUCUUUGGAAGGAAACGGGCUGCCUGAUGUGGCGACACCAUUUGUCAUGGAAAGCCUGGGCCCCGCUCCAACACCUCAGCUUCCCAUGGUUCCACCGCUUCAGUACACGCUGCCGUACCGAACCCCCCACUACCCUUAUCUCAGUGGCCUUCCAACUUUCCACCACCCUCACUUGCUGGUCACCCAGCACCCAGCUUACCUCCAGGCUCCACCAACCUACCAUUAUCCUCCCCUGCCCAGCCACGCUCAGUUUUAUGCGGCUGCCAGUCGGCAUGGUGCUCCUCCACAGGCUCCACCUCCGUACACCCAUCAAAUGAUUGGCGUGCACGUGACAUCGAUGGCUCGGGCGGUGCUGCCGAUGGCCCCUCCACCUCCAGCGCCUCCACCACCCCCAGCUGCUCCUCAGCAGGGACAGGUGCACCAGUUAAAUCAGACGCAGCUGAACUACCUCCUGUCAUCGUAUCGUGUGGGGCUGCUCGCCAUGGAGACGCUGGCUCGCAGGGUGCAUGAUGACAGGCCUCAAGCGAAGUAUGCACGAAACCCGCCUUAUGGAGAAGAUGUCAAGUGGCUUCUAGGAGUGGCCAAAAAACUAGGUACCUCCUAUUUGCAAGAGUUUUGCAUCUGUACAGUAAACAGCGUAGCCAGCCCCUUCAUCUUGUAUGAUAUUGUCACGGACACGGCCCAUCACUUAUCGCGCUCUGGCUCGGCAUCAUUGUCUAUGCCAAUUCGAUCUCAUGUCCUCACACCACUCAUCCAGAAGUGCCAGCAAAUGUUCAUCGCCUGCACCCACACCAAGAUGUACCACAUCACCUCUGUUGAAUAUGAUGAAUUCAUCAACACCCUUCGUAGCGCCCGUGCAGCUUUUAUGCUGACUCCUGGCGGGAUGGUGCAGUUUACAGAAUUGCUGCACAGCCUGCGGCGCUCCAAGUCUUGCAAGAAAGAUCUCUGGCAACGCAUCAAUACGAUGGCGUCAUCAAGUCCUCCCAUCUGACGCCAUCAUGGCCUAUUAGGCACACGAAAUUGAUGGCUGUAACUGAAACUCGUUUCUUACCAGUGUUCCUUUGUGUUUUCUGUUUUGGCUCUGUCUCUGUCGUUGGUGUCCUGCAUAUUUCAUAUAGCAACAGUGUGCACGACUGAGGGGUAAACUCUUCUUGAGUCUUUGCCUACACCAGCCUUGGAUAGUGCCGAUAAAGUUUCAGUGAGAGUGGUUCGGGAAUUGAUCAUAUUUGGCCUGAGGGACCUUGUUGUUUGUGCGAAUGCCUCUGCAACUUGCAGCAGAUGUAACAUUGUUAAUUUAUUGCAUACUCCCACUGUGUGUGUGGUGUGAGAGAGUGCUCUUGUGUAUGUGUGUGUGAGAGAGAGAGAGAGAGAACUGUCAACAGGUCUGUCCAAAUAGCAUUUGUCUGAAAAGUUCCAGCAGGCUGCAAGGAAUUUUCCUUGCUCUGGACAUGUCAUGUUUGUGUCUUUGUGAAUGACGUACUUGCAGCAAGCAGUGGGAGCUGCAUGGCUGCUACUUUGGUUUUUGCAUGUAGCUGCAAAGACAUGCUGUGGUGCUAGCUUGGACUCAACCAUGGUUGGCACUGGCUGCAGGUGUAGACACAUCCUGAAAGCCAAUACUAAAGCAUGCUGUUGAUCUAGUACACAUGUACUGACCAAUGUAGUAGCUGUUUUCAUUGCUCAGUCCUUAGCUGGUGCUCUGUAUUCUCUGUAUCCAUUUUUUGUUCUGUGCAUGCAACAUGAUUAUGCAUGCCACAAUUAUUGUAUGAUGUGCUGGAAGGCUAGGUUUUGUUGUUCUUUCUUUUUAUAAUGAAAACAGGUGGUGAUGUAUGUGAAUUUUGUUGUUAUUUGCCAUUUUGCUCAAAGGAAAAAUUAUUUGUUUUGUCUGUGUGCAACUGUAGCCUUUAGAUUAUAGGACAUAAAAUUUAGAUCUUCCCUCCCCCCCCCCCCCCUCUUUUUUUAUUCUUUUUUUUUUCCGUCAGCUAAAGCUCGACACAGGACAGUGUUCUUGAGGCAGCUCCUAAUGUGUGGCAGCUUUUGUGGAGCCAAGCUAAAAAGCAGAGCUGAGAAGGGUGCAUGCCAUUGCCAGUUUUUCUCGUGUUUGAAUGUGGAGUGGCAGCCAGUUGUGGUUGCUGCACAUGUGUGUCUGCAUGGAGCUUCUGUGCAGGCUGUGCACGUGUCAUACUUCAGUGCUCAGUUCUGUCUCGAGUAGAGCUGCUGCACUCCAUGUCGAGUUACUCGGCGUUGCCUUUUCCGAAGUGUGGCCUACCAGUGUCAUUGCCACCAUUGUCGUGGCCACCAUGUUACUGAAGCAAGUUGCUCGUAACAUGAAACUUUGAUGCAGUGGAUGUGUCUGAACAUGAGCAGCAUCAGGCGGCUGAUCGCAAGUUUUUCAGGUGUUUUUCAUCAUGGUACAUCAGUGCUCAAGUCGUGAAAACAAUUUUUUCCAGUGUCUGGUGAUGUUUGUUGUUCCCUCGUUUGUUGUUGUUCACUGUUGUGGUGAUGAUGGUGGUGUUUCAGUGCGUCCUAGUGACCAUCACCUUUUUUCCUCUGUUUAAUCACCAUUAGUGUAUCAGUCUAUUGUCACUGUAGACAUAUGACCAUACUUUGCAUCCAUCUGAUAUGUAAGCUGUGUAGAAGGGCUUGCAGGUAUCAUGUUUCUGGGAGGUCCAUUGUAUUGCCAUCAGAAAAAAAAAAAAAAAUCACGGGCUUCAUAAAAGACACAUGCUCCUGCUUUGCACUCUUUAUCCGAGCGGUUAGCAGUAGUGUCAGUCGUUCAUGCCCUUCCUUUGCAUGCAUUCUCAAGCUGUGGUCUGCAAAGUUCUUGGUUCAAAGUUAAUGGGCUAGAACCUCUCACACGGGUGCCUGAAUUUAUGCGCUGGCAAAGCCCUUUCCCUCUUCUUUGCGUGUAUAUGUGUGUACAAGAUUUUGCUUCAUACAGGCUAGUAUGAUUAGCGUUUUUGACACUUGGGCCGGUAUAAUGUAAUGCUUCCUUUCGCUUCAUUGUAUGCUUUUCUUAUCCACCGUUUACGACUGACCGAUCUUGGGGAUUAACGUAGGUGGAGCGCUACUCUGACCACCGAUGAAGCGCGAAAAGGAAAAGAAUUUGAAUAGAAUUGUUACAUUAUCCCGGCCUUGGUAUGUAGAAGGUUUAUUUUCUUUUGUCUGCUGUCAAAUCACUCAUGACUCAAGCAGAAGGUCUCACAUUAGUUAAUGCAAUCUUUUUUCUUGUUCGUGUAAAAAACAGUAUUGGUGUUGCAGAAAUCCUAAGAGUGUUCUGUGCUUCACAAAAGUAAUGUUAGAAGCUUUUCAAAGUUAUGUUAUGAAUUUUUCAUUAUUCACCAUCAAAUUGACAAUGGUGAUUGUUUCACAAAUUUAUUUUGGCGCUUUGUUUGCCAGAAGAGUUUUAACCCGUCCAUG